UGCACCCCAGACCAAAUUAAAAGCACUAUGUUCCUACUUCCUAGUGUCCUGUUACCUUUACCUAUCAGACCGCGCAUGCCUAUUCCGUAACACUUCGCGGCAUUUGGCGGGAAUCCUACACAGCAGCCGGCAGUGUUAAGGUUCGACUUUUGAGUUUGUUGUUUAGGACAGUCGGUCGUAAUGGAUUUUCGCCGUGUCGUAUCUCGUAAAAGUAUUAUUAAACCCGUCGAUAAAGAGAUCAGCGAAUUAUAUCCCCAUGACCUCUCUUUGUACGAACUUCCACCUAUUUUUGAAGUCACGUUUGCCGAAUUGGAACAAAGCGCUGCCGAACGACUGGCUGUUCUUCAAACCAUUGAUGAAGUGUCGUCAAGGGGACUUAAAGGGGAUGAAUGGCGAAAAGCAAUAACAGAUGACCUCAAAAAACAAGGAUUGAGAGCAUUCUGCAAACUGAUAACUUCGACUUCACUUGGAAGUGCUGAAGCAGAUUUUAGCCAGAGAAGACGUGAUCAUAUUUCCCAUUUCAUACUCCGCCUCGCCUACUGUGAAACUGAAGAUAAAAGGCGUUGGUUCAUCUCUAAAGAAGUCGAUCUAUUUAAGUUGCGAUGGAUGCACUUAAAUUCAAACAGUCGUAAUGAAUUUCUAAAAAUCAAUAAUUUAAAUUAUGAAAUGGUUGAAGAAGAAGAAAAAAAAGAGCUAGUCAAACUAUCAGAUGGGAUGGUUACUUUUUCUAUUGAUUAUUUUAAAGUCAAUUUCAUAUUUGUAUCUGAUCUAGUGAGAAUGAGGAAAGUAUUCUUGUCCAAAGGAAUCGCCUACAUUACACAUGAAGAUAUUAUAUCCGUCGUAACAUCAUCAUUUAGAUCAAAUCUAGCGCAGAGUCUUGCAUAUGCAAGCAGAAGGAUUCACAAUCUGUGUGAAGAUUCGAGGAUACAAGGGAUUAUAAAAGGAGCAGGAAAAACUGAACGAGAAGUCAAUUACAGCGUUUUUGAAAAGAAAGAGAAAAUACAAAUUGGAAAUCUUGAUGCUCUUUCUAAAAUUUCAUUUCCUCUCUGCAUGCAACGUUUGCACGAGAGAAUUAGGACUGAACAUCACCUUAAACAUUAUGCUAGGAGGCAGUAUAUUUUAUUUUUAAAAGGGAUAGGCGUGACUAUGGAUGAUGUGCACAAGUUUUGGAGAACGGAGUUCACAAAGAAAAUGGAUGCUGAAAAGUUUGAAAAAUCAUAUGCGUAUUUUAUCAGACACAGUUAUGGCAAAGAGGGUAAAAGGGCAAACUACUCCCCUCUGAACUGCAUGCAGAUAAUCAACGGGAGCGUCAGUUCUGGAGAGUUUCAUGGCUGUCCUUUUAAGCACUUAGAGCCCACGGCUUUGAAGAAAAUUGUAGAAAAGAAUGGAAUUAAUUUCAUGGGUGUGGAAGAGAUUGUGAACUUGGCUAAAAAAGGCCAUUAUCAACUGGCUUGCAGUUCGUAUUUCAAACACGCACACAAUUCAGAGGAAAUAGUCGUGAACCACCCUAAUUAUUAUUUCGACGAAAGUCAAAUGGUGCUAGGGAACAAGAUUAUUAAAAAGGAAGAUAAAGGAUCUAAACAACCAGUUCAACCGAAAGGCAGUUCUCAAAAUACGAAUGUACAGAACCAAUCUGUUGAUGUUUGGGAAGAAAUGGAUAUAGAUUUCUCUACUGUUGUAACUUAAUUUUUAUGUAGUUCAAACUAAAAGAAUAGUUUAUAUACAGAAAAAAUAUAUAUACUUUUAAACAAUUAUGAUUAGAAAAUAUUCUACUUCAUUUUGUAUCAAAAUGUAAAUACUUAAACCUGAAAAACCUAGAGAACUAUAUUUUUGAUUGUAAUGCAUUUCAUUGAUAAAUUAAUAGUUAAUUUUUAUAUACUACUAUGAACCUAAAAAUUAAUUUAAAGAGAAAACUGGUAUCUAGAAUUUUAUAUUGUACAUAUUUUGUAUUUUUGAAAUCGAGCGAAUGUGUAAAAUAUUGUUUAAAUCUUGUUCAUUUUAAAUAUUAUGUUUGUCAUCUAAUUAUUCUGCAUAUGAGUGUGAUAAAUGUCAUAAGUUUUAUUAUAACACCAAUAUUUGAUGCAAAUUUUAAAAAUUGGUCGCAAUGAUUUACUACUGUAUAGCAAAAAUAUUUAUAAGGAAUACUAAACAAAACUGAUGCUUAUAAAAAAAGCAUUUUAUUUAUUAAUUGAACAUGUAAUUAAUUAUCCCCUUGUUACAUUUUAAGUCUUGCCUUUAAAUUUAGAGGACUAUUAUCAGAUUUUGGAGAAAAAAAUUAAUAAAAUGGGA